GGUCCGGGGGGCGGCACCCCAAGAGCCCGAGAGGGGCGCGAUCAAGGCUAUAACUCUCCGCAGCAGCCGAGAGCGGAGAAGGCAGAGAGAGGCGCUCAGCGGGGUUCGAACUCGUGCAGCAGAGAAUCGAAUUUCUGUUGAGAAGGGGUGGAAGGAAACGCAGCAACAGAAAGUCCCGCAAGAUCCAGCGUGCAGUCUCUUCUUCGCCGCCGCCGCCGCCAAGUAGAAGAGGGAGGCAGAGGGCUGCAGAAAACGCAAGAGUUUUGCAGAGACCCUCCACCCAUUCCCCGGUCCGUGUGAGAGAGUAACUGUUCGGGCAGGAGCACCAGCAGCAUGUUCGGGUGCGUGCUGAGUCUUUUCGUGCUGCUCUGCAGCUGGAGCCUGAGUGACUUGCUGGUGGAAUCUUGUACCUGCGUCCCAAUUCACCCUCAGGAUGCUUUCUGCAACUCUGACAUCGUCAUCCGAGCCAAGGUAGUGGGCAAGAAACUUAUGAAGGAUGGACCUUUUGGGACGAUGCAAUAUACUGUCAAACAAAUGAAGAUGUACAGGGGUUUUGACAAGAUGCCACAUGUUCAAUAUAUCUACACAGAGGCCUCUGAAAGCCUUUGCGGGGUCAAGCUGGAGGUCAACAAGUACCAGUAUUUGAUUACAGGCCGAAUUUAUGAUGGAAAGGUUUACACAGGACUGUGUAACCUGAAUGAGAAGUGGGAUCGACUGACUCUCUCCCAGCGCAAAGGACUCAACCAUCGUUACCACCUCGGUUGUGGCUGCAAGAUUAAGCCCUGCUACUACCUUCCGUGCUUUGUGACCUCCAAGAAUGAGUGCCUGUGGACAGACAUGCUUUCCAGCUUCGGCCAGCCAGGGUACCAGUCAAAGCAUUAUGCCUGCAUCAAGCAGAAGGAGGGCUACUGCAGCUGGUACAGAGGAUGGGCACCUCCUGAUAAAACAACCAUCAAUGCCACAGACCCCUGAACACCCCCUUUUCUUUGUUCCUUCCCUCCCAUGCGGCUGAGCAUUCUUUGGACACUAACUCAUAUCAGAUCAUGAUGACAACCAUGAUAUUAGUGCCUGUUUCUUGCAAAUUUUAGCACUUCGAACUUUGGUGUUCGUUUGUUUUUUAAAUCUAUGCUGUCUUAACUGAUUAUCUUUUUUUGUUUUGUUUUAAAUCACUUAAAAACAACAACACAAUCGCUAUCACCCAUUUUUGGUCAAAAGAGAUUUAUCUGGGAACUUCUGUUUGCACACCAGAUAAAUAAGGGAGCUUUGGCUCAGUUAUGUAUCACUCUCUAUAUAGCAAUAUAAUCUAUAUUUUUGUAGGAAAACAAAAAUCUCAAAAAUUUCCCAGAUGGGUAUUGUAUCACAAUUCCAGCCCCCUCCCCAAGCUGCUUCUUCACUUACACAUUCAAUCCUCAGAUCAUGUAGAUACUCUUUUUUUUAAAAAAAUGCAACCAGUUAGGAUUAACAAUGUGAGCAAAUUUAAGCCACACACCGGAUGGAUGAAAAGAAAGUGAUGAUGUUUGAACUGGAUGGAGCACUGGGGGGAUUCAGCUGUCAUGUGCAUUAAAAGCACUACAUCAAAAUGCCUGUCUCGUUUGAAAUGUGAAUGUAAAAGCUCCAUUGUAGUUCUGGGUUGUGCAAGAGCAUAAAUAACAGUUUUUAAAAAUAAACACCAAUUAAUGGGAGCGAAUCCCUCUCCUAAGUACGGAGCAAACAAGUUCAGAACCAAAUCAACACCAGGCAUUUUGGGGGUUUUAGCCAGGCUUCAAAGAGGCCUUUUCAACAUAAACCCCUAUCAAUACAAACGCAUCAAUACAAAAUAAAACAAAUAAAUACACUUAAACAAAGAUACUUGGAAAGAGAGGCAAAGGGAAGUCUGGAGAAAAGGAAAAAAAAGUAAUCUAAUUAAGGCUAUUGGCAUUAAGAAAUUAGAUGCCAAAACACUGUUUUGUUGAAUGGAAAUGUAUAUAGAUAUGAUGAUAUAAGCUAUUUUUGACAGGACAUGGAAUUGUUUCAUGCUAUAAGCAAUGACAAGUUUGAAUCUUCACAUUCCAAGUCACUGGAUACUAUUUUAUUUUU